GUGCACACCAACCGAACGAUGUUCCUGAUAUAUACACAGACGAGUUGGAGGGAAUGCUCAAAUAAGGGUUGAGAACCUCCCCUUGUCGAGCAUCAUCGGACCGUACCAGAAAUACCUUGGAAAGAGAGAUAAUCCCCAAAGCUUUAGCGGCUCGCUACCCAAAAGAUCAUGCAAGGUGUUUUGCCUCACUUCAUUAUCUUCGUUUCCCUUUACCCAGCAGCUCACGCCAACGAAGAUCAAGGAAAUGCUUCAACAUCAAGCUGCAAGGUUAGUCCAAAAAAUGUUAGUUGCAAAACAUUCAGGCUAUUUAAACAAGUAUUCUAUGGAUCUAACUAUCUAAUAUCUAAUUGAAAUGCUCAGUAUUAGUCAGUUGGUAAUUGGUAUUCAAAGACAUUCUCAGAUAAUACGGUUUUGUUUUUUAUAAAAAAAAAGUUGUAUGUACGAUAAUGGUGAAUUAGUAACGUGACAUACUAGUGAUCAACUUUCAGACCCCAGCCUUGCAGUCCUUCUUACACCCGGCCUUGAAUUUCCAAGAUCUGAGCGGUAACUCUCCCCAAGCUGCAAUGCAUUUCCUCUUAAAACAUCGAAGAAAAUUUAGGUUUCCCUCAACGCUCUGGUCGAUAAGUUUGUUUAUAUUAACCUCGCGCAAAAACAUGCUUUCUCAAACACAUGAAACGAUUCACGAGGGUACGAAAUCCCCGUUCAUAUUACAUUGGAUAAUUUUAAGUCCAGAAAAGUCGGUAUCGUUCCUAGAUUAUUUGAAGAAGAUGCAUUCUAAAGCAUGAAUAUAGUCUGUUAACAUACUCUCUCUCUCUCUCUCUCUCUUUUUUUUACCCUCGAUGUCUACUGUUAGCGUCAAGCUUUAGCUUUUUCUAGCUUCGCGAGAAAGUGCGGGAAGGAAGGACUAAAAAGUUUUAUACCGUAUUUUUAACUCAACAGUCAUGUCAGUCUUGCCAAUUGGUUGGAAUACCUGGAUCAAACGGCGUUCCAGGCAUGCCGGGAAACCCAGGUUUUCCUGGUAGGGACGGCACUAAAGGAGAGAGAGGCAGCCCCGGAAAGCGGGGUGCCCGAGGAGUAGCAGGGAUCCCUGGGAAAAUUGGUCCGAGAGGCCCUGAGGGUCCCAAAGGGCAGAUGGGAGAGAAAGGAGUUAAUGGUACGGGAAUCCCAGGGAACAUUGGCCCUAGAGGCUCCAAAGGAUUCAAAGGAGAAAGAGGGAUCAGUGGAACAAAGGGACAAAAAGGAGAUGCAGCAAACAUUGACCCAAGACAACUGGCCAACUGGAAACAGUGUGUAUGGAGAGCAGGAUCGGAUACAGACAGCGGGAAAAUAAAGGUAAGUAACCUUAACCUUUAUACCUAACGAUAUUUAUCAUUGGAACUCGGAGGAAAUGAGGCAGCUAUUUGGAAGGAUUAACUGAACGAGUAUAAUCAAACAUUCGAGCGUUGAAAUUUAUUUCAAGCUCGUUGAGUGGCAUUUAAGUUCCCUCUUGGAGUCACUUCCCCUCUCAGAAAGUUUGGACCAAAUUUUUAGAAGAAGUAGAGAAUAACCAAGUAAUUUAACUCAGUGGGAAGGCAUCCAGCUCCUCUCUACCCCACCCCCCUUCUCUUGUAUAAUUCAUUUACUUCAUAACUUUUACGAACAUCCUUUUCCAUUCCCCCACAUUCCCUUCCCCCCAUUCCCCUCCCCCCCUUCCCGUUCAUCUCGUUGCCCUAAGGGGUAGGUUAUUUGUUCCAAUAAAACUUUUCGUGUCGGAGACUUUGAUUCGUGCGUGACACAUGUCAGAUGAUGAGUGUGAACAUUAUGGACAUUGAUCGGUUUACAUAAUCAACGCAACCUUGAAUGACCUUUUAUAUCAGUACUUGGCAACAACCAAUCACAAUGUAGAGAAUAUCGUAUAAGAGAGUGAUUUCUUACAAAUUUUGCAGAGUAGCUUUUUACAGACCCGAUGUGAAUAAGCGAAUACGAGAGCGGAAUAAAACAGUUUGAUUGAGUCUCGUUCGUUAGAAUACCAUCCCUAGUAAACAGGACAAAGUUUACAAAAACGAAUGACUUCUCAAUAGCUGUGCGCAUUUACGGUUGAAAUUGUUGAGAUACUUCUGAAACCUUCUCUGAUAAAAAUGUUGUGCUAUGUCAAGAGGGUGUCAACAGCUGCGCGCUUGUUCAAUUUUGAAAUCACGCGUAUGAUUUCAGCCCAAAUUGCACUCCACUCAGUUCAAUUACCAUUAUUAAUCACCGAGAGCGACUGGCAUCUAAUUUCUCCUUUCAAUAUCACCCCUGAAUCAAACAUUAAGGUUUUUAGAAUAAAGGAAAUGAUCACCAACUGAAAACCUCUUGAUUGAUAAACAAAUUCUCCUUGCCAGUACAUUAAGAAAUGUAUAGACAAUAGUAUGGAGAAUAUGCAUACUGAUGUUGAGGUUGAAAGUGUUAACCGAGAAGGAAGGACGAUGGCGUAGUUAAAAGAGAUCUUUAACUUCUAAAUUUAGAAGCCUAUCUUCGCUAUAGUAUUUUCAUACCUUUGCCCACCUAAUCAUGGUCAUAUACAUUUACCCAGACUUCUUUUCAAACACCGCCCUGGUUAAAAAAUUUGAGCCUGAUUUCGACGGAUUUGAAGAGCUGGUGAUCCUAGGAAAUACAAUGUUUUAAAAGUUAUAUGUAUAAAGACGGUUCUCAUCAGCAACAGACUCCAUUUCACAGACUCCAUUUCCACAUUUCUUAAAUUUGCAGAGCUGAAAAAUAGUUUGUGUCGAACGAAGAUAUGUGUUCAUUUUUCUAAAUAGAAUUAAUUUUUCUGUUUUUAUAUGUUUUUUCCAGGAAUGCUCCUUCAACAAGUUGUACAUCAAUACGACCCUUAAAGUCUCAUACCAAGGCAAUAUCCGUGUAUAUUCUCAUGACAAAUGCAACAGAUGGUAUUUUAAGUUUAACGGCAACGAAUGCAGUGGUCCCAUGCCGAUUGACUCAGUCCUUCACAACUUCUGGAGUAGUAGUUCACCGUCUGGAAUCCUUCGUUCUCACUUCUUUGAAGGUUUCUGUGAGAAUCUUCCUCAAGGCACGGUUCGGGUUGAACUCUGGGUAGGCAAGUGCGCUUGGUUUCCACUGGGCGUGGCUUACACAGGAUGGAAUUCAGUGUCCCGGAUUAUGAUUGAAGAGGUACCACCACCGCAGUAACCCUGUUAUCAUCUGA